CCUCUGUCUCAUCUUCACACUCAGUCAGGAUUCUACCACAAUAACAAUGCAGCUGAAAAUGGACAUCCAUGCAAUUUAAACAGGCUAGGUUACAUGCAAAUUUCUAUUAAAAGUCAAGUCAAAUUAAUUGAUGUGAUGUAAUUACUGCAGUUUUCGAGGUGCUGCGAUAAAUCUUUCCACAAUGGGUCAGCGUCUGAGCGAGGAUAGUGACCCGGACAAAGAAAUCGAUGUGGCAGAGCUGCAGGAAUGGUACAAAAAAUUUGUUGUGGAAUGCCCAAGUGGGACUCUGUUCAUGCACGAGUUCAAGAGUUUCUUUGGGGUCGCCGACAACAAGGAGGCUUCAGAUUACAUUGAAAACAUGUUCAGAGCCUUUGACAAGAACGGAGACAACACCAUUGAUUUUCUCGAGUAUGUUGCAGCCUUGAAUCUGGUCCUGAGGGGUAAAUUGGAACACAAGCUUAAAUGGACAUUCAAAAUGUAUGAUAAAGAUGGAAGCGGAUGCAUUGAUAAAACGGAGCUUCUGGAGAUUGUGGAGUCUAUUUAUCGACUCAAGAAAGCCUGUCAUGGAGAGCUCGAUGAAGAAUGUAAUCUGCUGACCCCAGACCAAGUAGUGGACCGGAUAUUUGAGCUGGUUGAUGAAAAUGGAGACGGCGAACUCUCCCUGGAUGAGUUUAUUGAUGGAGCACGGAGAGACAAGUGGGUGAUGAAGAUGCUGCAGAUGGAUGUCAACCCCGGGGACUGGAUCAAUGACCGAAGACGCAGUGCGAACUUCUAAGGCUGCAGCACGGACUGUCAGUCUGUCAUCCUUCUGUUUGUCUUACUGAGCCUGCAUGUAUAUAAAUAUAGUUUUUUAAAUUUCACACAAUGUAGCAUAUGUAAUGUAUUAUGAAACAUUUCCAUCUAUUAAUUUGUUUUGUUGUGGAUUGCUUGCUUGUUCUUUUGCUGCAGGCUUCACAGUUUUUCUUCAGUUUGAGUUAUACAAUAAACUGAUACCACAUA